CCUCACCAAAUCACUUGGUGUCACUCGCUUCUAGCAUUUAUGGUCCUGAUUGGUGCCGUCGUCUAUUUAUUCAUUUUACGGGGGCGUGAUAAGAAUAUACCCAAUGUGUCUCACCAUAAUCAAAAGAUACAAGAACUAAGAGAUCGAUGAAUGGAACAUAAUUUGUGAGCUAGAUUGAAGCCAAUUCUUGUAUCAGUAGCUCUCUCCACAAAAAUAAAUGAAGGAAACAUUAUUUCAAUCCUCUUAUAUAUUUCUCCACAAUAGGAAACAAAACAAAGGAAGUUACAAGCCAUAAAAUCUUCUCAAUUGUCAGGUUGUAGGUAAGCAUCAAACCACACUUGAAAUUGAGCUAACAAACAUUAAUUAAUGAAGCCAAUGGGCCAUUCAUGAAAGCUGUUUUUUAAUACUUUUUAGUGUUCUUUGUUUCAUGUGUGAGAAACAUAUUUAUCAAUUUGAGCACUGCAAAGGGAAUUUCUAUUUGCCAGUCUCACUGCCGAAGGAAGAAAUUAAGGACCGAUUCAACUGCCAAAGACGACACUAGAGCUAGACUUAAAUGUUUAUGUUUACCAUUUCUAAUAAGGAUUCCAAGUAGGUAAGUGGACUUUCUAGCUCUAGAUGUCCCUUUGAUUUGAUUUGGUGCUGAUAAGUUGAUGGGUGAUAGAUUAUUAAUAUUAAUUAUAAUAUUAUUAUUAUUAUUAUUAUUAUUAUUAUUAUUAUAGGGAAGUCGGCUACUUUUAGCAUAAGUGGGAGGGGAUUAUUAUUGUUAUGAGGUAUUUUGGGUAGAAUUGUCGUAGGUUUAGGGAUUUGUUGGCCGAAUAGGAGUAGUAAAGGGAUGGGCGGCUAUUACUUGGCAGGAAGACUAGGUUUAGUUAUUAGGGUUUGGGGUGUUUUACUAUAAAUAUGUACUUUGUGGUUCAGUUUAGAAAUGAAUGAAGAAGAAAAAAAAUCUUAAUUUAGUUGUUUUAGUUUAUUUAUCGUUCUUAUGCUGCGAUGCUUGGUACGUCAAUGCAUCAAUUGGUAUCAGAGUCUGGUUUAGACGAAUUGAGCUUGCUGCUACAGCUCCCAGGGCAGGUAUCGACAACGUUCGAUCACACACGUUGGGAAGAGGUCCAGAGAGCAACCACACUGCCGUCAAAGUUCCAAGGCCCAACGUCGCUGGCCGUUCGCCAUGCAUCGCUGGAGGUUACGACCUCAUACACUGCUGCCGACCUCGUUGAUGGAGGUCAUGUCGGAGACUGUUGGCCGACGUCAGAAUCCCUCGACGAACCGCCAGACGUUCGCGUCAAAAUUUUGGAGGUUGCGCCACCGAUGGCCGCGACCUCGUCCCCAGCUGCCAACAUCGUCACCAGCUGUGAGGACGGAAGCUGCGUUCCCACGUGGGAACUUGUCUUGCAAAUGCUUAAGGACCUGCUACAAACCCUCCAUAGGCAACGUGAGGAGAUGAAGGCCUUCUCCAAGAAACAACACGAAGCCUAUCGAGCCUUCCCUGCCACAGUUGCAACCACCGCAACUCCCACCACGCAAGCACCGACGCAACGGCUGGAAUCUCUUCCUUGGCGCCGUUUCCGCCAUCAAGGGAACCCAUCCGCCCGCCGUUGCUGUUCCGAUCAUUGUCAACGUGCAAACAUUGUCUGCUACCACGCCACGGUCGCUGCCGACCUCUAAUCUGCCGCAUCUAGCUCAUGAAACUGUCUUCAACGAUUUCGUCGAAAUUUCCCAUGAAGCUGUGGUAGCCUUCUCCGCCUCUAGGACUCCUAUUUCCGGGUAUGAGUUCGUUUUCUGUUCUAACAAUGACCCCUUUAUAUUUUACCAUUCAUCAAAUCUCGCGGACAAGAUUCUUUAAGGGGGAGGGGAGGGGGUGUAGUAUGAAAGGAAGAAGAUGACGAUAUGCAAGGGUUGUGAUAGUAAUUGGAAGUUUAGGAAGCGGGCAAGCGAAGCAUCAAGCUACUCUGUUAUGAAGAUGCUCCGUUGCAACUAGAAGUAUAUGAAGCGCAAGCCAUAUCAAGUCUUCACCAUCGUUUGUCAUCUCCCUCACAUUUACAUAGUUGUUUGCAAACCUCAGGGACAAGGUUGUUUUAAGGGGGGUGGAUUGAUGGGUGAUAGAUUAUUAAUAUUAAUUAAUAUUAUUAUUAUUA